AUGGGCCUUUUCGGCCACAUGCGCAUCCACGAGAGCAGCCUUGACCGCACUCCCGACACACCCACCACAUCCACCGUGCACACCCCCACCCUCGUUCCAUCCGUCCGCACCACCACCACCGCCUCCUCUGUAGCUGACACUGACACCGCCGACUUCUCAUGCCCACGCUGUCCACGCACAUUCACCUCACGCAUCGGCCUGGUCGGUCACUUGCGAAUCCAUCGCACAGAGACUGGCGAACCUGUGCCUGGAGCACCCACCUAUACCCACAAAGCUCGUCUCAACUGCCUACAAUGCCCUCGCACUUUCAAGCAUCGCAUGGGCCUAUUCGGCCACGUGCGCAUCCACGACACCUGCGGUAGACAAUCUCAUGAAAUACUGGCCAGAAUUCUGAAAUGCAUUUCCGACUAG